AUGCUAGGGGGAAGCCUAAUUGAGACUCCUGGCGGUGAGCAAGUGGCUACUGUCACAAAGCUCAGUGGAGCAGCAGAAGAGCCACAAUCAACAGAUAUCCGCAAAAUGAUGACAUUCUUAGGAGCCACAUACUUCCUUCUUAUGACAGCAUUCAUUGUGCCGAUUGCAUGUGUUUCAACGGUCGCAUUGUUGUUGCCACUCACCUGGAUAAGUAUGCCUUUAUUCAGUAAAUUAGAAAACCGUUUAUGUCGUUUUGUAAAUGAUCAUUGGGUUGCUGGUUCUGUUUACUCCGGCUUAAAUGUUAUUGAAUAUGGAAAAGAUUUAUAUAAAAUAUCUGAGAAGAAAUGUUUAUAUUUGGCAAAUCAUAUGGGCUUACUAGAUCACUUCGUUGUCAUGCAAAGCUUACAUGAUAAGGGAUCAGUUCCAGGAAGAUGGUUGUGGGUUAUAUAUAAUAUAUGGAAAUAUACACCUCUUGGACUUAUGUGGACAGCACACGGAAAUUUUUUUGUUAAUGGUGGUGCUUCUAAAAGAGAUGCGCUUCUACAAAAUUUCAAGAAACAUUUGGAGAAAUACUUCAUGAAACACAAUUACGGAUGGGUUGUCAUGUACCCAGAGGGUUCUCGACUGUUCCUAAUUACUGAAAGUGCUAAGCGAUUUGCUGAGAAAAAUGGUUUGAAGCCCCUAGAGCAUUGUGCUCACCCUCGCAUCGGGGCUGCUCAUGCGGUUCUUGACGUAAUGGCUCCUUCAGCCGAAAAUCCUGGUAUAGCCAGAUGCGGUGGAGGACCUCCAGUUGAGUAUAUCAUAGAUGCUACUCUUGGAUAUCCACAUGGAGAAGUACCUGACAUUUCUAGUGCUAUGAUGGGCGAAUGGACAAAUGCGGACUCCAGUCACAUCUCUAUUCAUUAUGAUGUUAUUCCGGUGAAUCCAGAAUGGGCUGAUGAAGAGAAACUCAAGAAAUUCCUCUAUGAACGCUAUGAAAUAAAAGACAAGUUGUUGAAAGAUUUCUAUCGUACCGGAAAAUUCCCAGGAGAUAGUAAACCAGUUGUUGUUCCUCAAAUGACCAUGCUUAUUUCUCAGUUGUUCUGGAUGGGACUUUAUUAUUUCCAUUACACUUUAUGGAUCAGACCUCUGUGCAGUUUAGUAUUCCGUUCGAUCUUUGCAUAA